GUUGCAUUCCCUCUAUAUAAUAUGACCCAAUGAGAAAACCAAUCUGCCAUAGCCAUCCUCCUCAUUCAAGUUUACUAUUGACUUAGAAGCAAAAAUAAAAAAGAUCAUGGCUGCCUCUUCCCCUCUUGCUGCUAAUUUUGCCAAAAGAUUACAAGGCAAGGUGGCUUUAAUAACAGGAGGAGCCAGUGGGAUCGGCGAGAGCACUGCAAGACUCUUUGCUCAACAUGGAGCAAAGGUUGUAAUUGCAGAUGUCCAAUCAGAUUUAGGUCACACUGUAUCAGAGGAAAUCCGAUCAGAAUUUGGACAACCAGUCUCCUACAUUCAAUGUGACGUAUCAAAAGACUCAGAUGUAGAAAACGCUGUGAAAACAGCCGUUUCCAUGCAUGGAAAGCUAGAUAUAAUGUUCAACAACGCAGGAAUCACAGGAAAAUACGAUCCCAGCAUAUUAUCAUUACAACGUGAAGAUUUCAAAAAAGUUUUUGAUAUAAAUGUAUAUGGUGGAUUCCUGGGAGCCAAACACGCUGCAAAAGUAAUGAUCCCAGAAAAAAAAGGCUGCAUUUUGUUCACAGCAAGUAUUGCAUCAGUGAGCUAUGGAGGGAUUCCACAUGCAUACACAGCAGCAAAGCAUGCAGUUGUAGGGUUAACUAAGAACUUGGCUGUGGAAUUGGGGAAGCAUGGGAUUAGGGUUAAUUGCAUAUCUCCCGCAGGAAUUCCUACCCCUUUAGCCGCCAAGGUAAUGGGAGGUGUGGAUUUGAAGACUGUGCAAGAAGCAAGCAUGGCUACUGCAAAUCUUAAAGGAGUAAAAGUUGAAGCUAAUGAUAUUGCAGAGGCUGCUUUGUAUCUUGGAAGUGAAGAGUCUAAGUUUGUGAGUGGUUUGAAUAUUGUGGUUGAUGGAGGCAAUAGCCUUAGAAGUUCUUACUUAUCAUAAAUUAUAGCCUUCACUCGGUUGAUCAUUGAGUUUUCAAUAAGUGUGGCAACUUAGAUUAUAUAAUUUGAGAAUUGUGGAAGUACCCAAGAAAAAUAAUAAAAGAAUUAUUUGUUUGCAUUUUUCCAAAUUAAAA